CGUAAAACCACAGAUAACUUGUAAGCGCAGAAAGACCGCGCGCGAAUAAUCUCGUCAGCCUAAGAGCAUGGGUCAAAUUUCUAAAAAAGGAAAACCCUUUUAAUAUGGCUGUUCUGUGAUUUUACACGUCGAACCCGGUGAAACGUUACUAAUAAAGAUCUGCGUUUGCAUUCGGUCAAAUGUUUUAAACGUAUUGAAACGUCAAAUUCGUGACUAUUUACAAGCUUGACGCGAGUACUUUCACUUGCUGGCCGAAUCUUCUCUCAUUAUCAAUUGAUUUCAAACAAUCGAUUUUCAAUAGAUUUCUAUCGAUUUUUCUUUUCUUGACAUUCUUAAAUGCCUAUCGACGUGACAAAUCUGGAGUCGGACUACCGUGCCCAGAAUUACAAAGAUUCUAAAUCCAUUGACCGUAAGCAGAUCAUCUGCGCAACAUGUGGAACAGAUCUCAGUGGGAAAUUCGACAAGCCUGGUGGCCUGUUUAUCCACCCGUUGAUGACGACGUUGCAGUGCAAGAAAUGCAGCAACUUCUAUGGCGACGGUGAUUUUAGUAUGGACGAAGAUGGUGACGAUAAGUACUGUCGCAUGUGUGGAAAUGGUGGUGCACUAUACAUUUGCGGAAACAAGCCAUGUCCCUAUGGUUUUUGUCAUGACUGUAUAGAACGAUACGUUGGAAAAAAUUCGCCUGAAGUUGAAGCGGACAACUGGAAAUGUCUUCGCUGCAACUGUGAGCCUCUUUGGGAAGUAAGAGCUGUCUGCGAGGUCAUUCAACGAGAAAAUUCAAGAAAACGGAGGAAGCACAAUAAAAAGCCAACUAGAGGUGAGGUCUCCAAAUCAGAUGCCAACCACAGCCUAUCUGAGGAUUUAGAUAAUAAUUUUCAGAACUCUAAACUGACCAAACGACGUAAUAUGAGACCCAGGCGUAGCUCUAUUAAGACGAAUGAACACCUGAAGCGCAUUGCAAGAAUCUGUGACAAUUCAGAUGAUUCCUCUAGCAAUGAAAAUUCAAAUGUACAAAAUAGAUAUCGUAAACCUGAUGAUAACACAAAGGCUAUGUUAGAUAAAAAUUAUGCUAAAACACUCAAAGAAAAUAUGAAAUCACUGUCCGGCGAUGAAGAAACUACUGACUUUGACCGAGAAGAAAUAAGACAGAAAACCCAUGUCAACUCUAGAUUUAAAAAUGAAUUGUCAAGAGUGAAAUCUAAACAUAGAAGUAAUAAGCAUGAUAACUCGAGCUCCAGCUAUUCCCAUUGGAAUAAAGAAGAGGGUCAACUGGGACAGAAACAGCCGAGAAUUUCAAAAUCUCAAGGAAAUUCGAGGAAUCCAUCAAUUUAUUCAGAAUCCAGUGAUCAUGAAUCGAGCAAUGAAUUUGUCAAAUCAUCGAGACAAAACCUUUCCAAAGUUCCGAAUGAAAAUACAAGAAAAAAGGAUUUAAUUAUUCGUGAGAAAAAGUCAAGUAAUAUUGAAAAUCCAAACUCCAUAGUAAAUGUAAGGCAACUCUACAAUAAAUUUGAAGCUGUGAAAAGAUCGUCUGAAUUAGCAAUUAACGAGUCAAAAGGUUCAAAUAGUAAACAUGGCAGGUUCUCUUCUGAGGAUUCGUGCUCAAGCAUUAGUAAUAAGAAAAUUAGGCGUAGUAAGACGAAAAUUUGUGAUAGUACUAGAAAUACUGGUAGUUUCAGUGAAUGUACCAGGCCAAUUAAACAGUACUUGGAUUCUGGAAAAGAAUAUACAGGGGAUUCCAAAAAUACUGAAAUCACUAGCAAAGUUUCUACAUCGGUACGUAGAAAAAGUGAGGCAGAUCGACUUUUGGAUAACAAAUCGGAGCAGGAAUCUAAAACAAAUACGCCUGCAUUAAAAAAAUCCGAAACAUCGUUUGUAUUAGGUCAUGAGAAUCGACUUUUGGGGAAGAAAAAAUCAUCCAUGAAACAUACCUAUGCAAAAGUUGCAAAUACCAAAGAAUAUGUAAAUAAGAAUCAGGCACGAGUAAUUAGAGCUCACAUAAACAGCUUCAUAGAUGAAAUGGACAAACUUGGUGCAGCCUUACAUGUGGGUGCUCGUAAAAUCUCUGAGAGGCAAUUGAAUAACAAUUUCACAGUAGUGUCGGCUGUUUCAAAGACCGUACUAAAAUGUGCUUUAACAGUAAGCCGCUGUCAGAAAGAAUUGAGUCGUAGGGUAGAAGAAUUUAUGGAAUUUUAUAGUACAUGGUGUAAUACUUGUAACGUAAGCAGUAUUCUACUGGAUAUGGAUCAUUCCGAUGUUGCCACAGGCAGUGGAGAGGAUUCACCAUCGAAACAAAUGAGUGCUUUAAAAGCUAGUAGAAAUUCCAAAAUUAUUGAAGGUUCUGAUUCAGGCAGAGCAGGAGAUGAUACGAGGAAUAGUUCAGACGAGUUGGAUGUUGGAAAUUUGAGCACCUUCGAUAAGUCUAUUAAUACUUUAUCGAAGUCGUCUCAACAAGCUGCUGAUAAUCAUAAAAAUAUCACCAAGCAUAAUAUAUCGUUGUUGUCCAGUAUCAAGGAAAAGUCUAUGGUUUCUGACAAAGAAUCUGAUCGCGAAAGUUUGGCAAAUGAUGAAGAAGAUAUGCAAAAUCCUGUGAAUGCUAAAGUUGUUAUGGAGAAUAUGAAUGGAAAUGUUAAUAACGACACAGUUCCACAUACUCUAGAUUGUGAUGUAAUAUCAGAAUGUGACAGCACCGAAAUAUUUUCAGAGGAGGAAAAUAGAUAUUCAGCCAAAAAAACUAAUAAAGCCACAUUCGUCGAAAGUUUGAUAGAAUCUCGAUCACCAAAUACAUCUGACAAAGGAAUAACCGAAUCAGCUGAAUUAAAUUCCGAUAAAAGUGGUAUACAUAAUGUAAUUUCACCUAGUAUCCAAGAAAAAUCUUUGCAAUCUGUCGACACAUUCAAUAAUAUCUCGGACUUGUCAGCGCACCAAGAACGAGGUAACAAAACAAAACUUAUUAACUAUUCAGAACAAGAAAGUGGUUCACAACAGGCGUUGGUCGAAGUUUGUAAUAAGAAUACCAAGCAAUUAGAUUCGUCAGUUGAAGGCAAUUUUAAUGGUAUGAUAUCGCCUGAUCACUGUAAAGAAAAUGAACCGACAAUAGAAGCGAAUAGUCCUGAUGCCGUACAAUCGACUGAUGAUGAUACUACACUAGAAUUGUUCGAACAUGAGCAAGGGACAAUAAUUCAUGACUCAUCGAAGAAUAUUGAUACCGAUGUGCAUCAUAUGUCCGAUUGCGAGACUGAACUUGUCUUCACUCAAGGUAUAAAUCAUAUUACCAGUGAAUCAGAUUCUUUAGCAAAUAUGAGCAACCUUAAAAAUAGUGAAAAUAAAACGAUAAUGGAAGUUGAAAAUGAUGAGGAAGUUGCAUUAUCUGAAAUAGCUCAUUCCCCCAAAGAGUUACCUUCUAUUGAAACAGUUACACCACAAAUUGAUGAAAUUACUGAUCUGAAUACAAAUGAAACUUUACCUUUGGUAGAAUUGAGGCAGAACGAAAUUGAUUUCGAAAAAAAGAAAGACUUGCAAUACUUCGAUCCUGAACCUAGUACAUUGGAAAACGUCCAAGAACAUCUUGAGAAUGAAGAGGUUGAUGGAGUUGAAUCAAAUAUUCCAUUAUCAAAUGUUGUAGAACACAAGUCUGAUGAAGUUUCCGAUAACGUCGAACAAGAAGACAUAGAAUCUCUGAUGCACGAUAUACCUUCUGAAUUCGAUAUGACUGCAGCAUUUGACGAUUCGGAAGAGGCGAUUAAGAAAAGAAUUCUAGAAUCUGACUCGGAACAGUUUGAUGAUAGUACAUCUCUUUCUUCAAAGUCAGAUACACAUGAGUUGGGAUUAAAUUCAGAUGCCAAUAAAUACUCAGAGAAACGAGAUUCUACAGAUAGUAAAGCAGCUGCAAUUAACAAAAACGAGCAUCGAAGAUCUACUAGCUCUCAAUUAGAUAAUGAAGAUCUUGAUGAUGUUAAGUUAAAUAAUCUUGCUAAAAGUCGACUCUUAUUAUCAUCUGACUCCAAUUCCUCAGACUCCGAUGAUGACAUGGCAUUAGUCGUAUCUCCAUCUUCGGAUGAUUUACAUUCUCCGUCUUCUGAAAAACAGGAGGAAAUCUGUUCAAACUCCAUUUACGAAGACGACUGCACAAAUUCAACUAAAAUUAGGAAACAAAAAUUUUGCAUUGAAAAAAAUUCUUAUUAUCCGACGGACAAAAAAUUACAAAUGUCAUGCCAAGUCGUAAUUAGAAGAUUGAAAAAUAAAGUCUUGCAGCAAUUCACGCAGUUGCUUGGUAAAUCUAAAGAACAUCAAGAAUGGGAAUCAUUUAAAAGCUUGAUUGAUGUGGAUAAUAUCAAGAAACGUAAAAGAGGCGCAUGCAAUGAAAACGGCAACUCAAGCUCAAGCGAAUCGUCUUCCUCAAGGUCAUCGUCAAAGGGACGUGCGAAGAAAACAAAAUGUAAACAGAUGCAGGAAAAGGAAGAGACUCUUAUGGAUCACUUGGAGAAAAUAAAAAAUGGUGAAAACGUAAUUGACUUCUCCGACAAUGAGUCUGAUGAAAAUAAUGUAAUUCUGAAGACAAAUGCAGAAGAGGAGUCUUUGGUAAGGGCUAACGAACUCGCCAAAGAUCGCCUCAUCCAGAGUUCGGAUUCUGAACAAGAGAUACUUGCCAAUGUGGAGAACGAAGAAGAGAAGGUAGUUGAGGAUAAUGACAGACUGCAAACUACAAAAAAGGAAAAGAAAAAGAAGACCGAAAUAGAGGGUGAAGAAUCCGCAAAUUCAGGGAGUGACCAUAAGAAUGAUUCCGAUGGAGAGAAGGGCAAAAAAAAUACAGCCAACGAAGGAAAUGCUGACUCACAAGAAACUGAUAAUUCCGAUAGCAAAGGAAAACGUGAACAAACAAAAAUGAAAAAUCUGUUGGCUAAGCGUAAUUGGAGAUUAACAGAUUCUGACAGCAGCAGCGAGGAAAGGAAAUGGUGUAAAUCGCAACUCAAAGAAGAAAAUGAAAAGAGGGAUGUAGAAGAAAAGGAUAUCACUAAGCGUCAGAAAAGGCCAAAACGAAGAAUGUUAGGGUCCGAUUCAGAUUCCGUUAAAUUAACAGACCUGAGCGACGAUAACGGAGACGAUACUACCGAAAAAAAAAAGAAAUCAGGGUCUGAAUCUGAAGAUUCAGAUGUAAUGUUUGCCCAGCUGAGAAAAAAAAGAUUUACCAAACGAAAUACGCAAAACUCUGACACAGAUUCAGAAUCUGAACCGGAUGAAAAACCAACAAAGCAAAAAAGGAAACGUAUAAAGAAAAUGGAUUCUGACAGCGAUAGCGACAUGCCUACAAACUCGCAAGAUGCACCAGGAAAGUUUCACAGGAAAAAUAUUCGAAAAGUUUUAAAGGAUAAGCAGGUGGCAGAUGUAACGAAAAUUGCUGGUAAAGAAGAAGAGGAAAGAUUAAAACGUAUAGCAGAACGUCAAAAAUUGUAUAACGAGAUGUAUGAAAUAAAGUUGGCUCGUGAAGCAAAGGUAGAUAAAUUGAUACUCGACUUCGAUGAAGAAACAAAGAAGGAGUUGAUCAGCGUACAUGAAGAUCUCGUCAAACGUUUGAAACCGCACCAGGCACAGGGUAUUAAGUUCAUGUGGGACGCAUGCUUUGAAUCUUUAGAACGGACAAAGUCUACCAAGGGGUCAGGCUGCAUUGUUGCCCAUUGUAUGGGAUUAGGAAAGACUUUCCAAGUUGUGACCCUUGCUCAUACUCUUCUUACGCAUCCCGAAACUGGUAUCAAAACAAUUAUGGUUAUCUGCCCAUUGAGCACUGUCUUAAAUUGGGUUAACGAGUUCAAAAAAUGGUUGGGUGAUAUUAACAAUGAACAAGAUGUCAGGGUCUACGAGAUGACCAAAAUGAAGAAAAACUUUGAGAGAAGGUGCCAAUUAGAAAAGUGGCAACGUACCGGAGGUGUAAUAAUUCUCGGAUACGAAAUGUUCAGAAUUUUGAGCAACCAAAAAGCAAAGAAAAUGCGCAAGAGUAUGCAUGAGGGAAUUUUAAAGUGUCUGGUUGAUCCCGGACCUGAUCUAAUUGUUUGCGACGAAGGUCAUUUACUCAAAAAUGAGGACACAGCUCUGAGUAAGGCUAUGAGGAAAGUUAAGACCCUUCGACGAAUUGUUCUUACCGGUACACCAUUGCAGAAUAAUUUGGUUGAAUACCACUGCAUGGUUCAGUUUGUGAAACCGAAUCUUCUUGGUACAAAGAAAGAAUUCUUGAAUAGAUUUGUCAAUCCCAUAACAAACGGACAAUUCGAAGAUUCAACUGAAUAUGAUGUGAAAUUAAUGAAAAAACGUGCUCACGUGCUACACAAAAUGUUGGAGGGAAGUGUUCAAAGAUUUGACUACUCUGUCCUAACACCGUUUCUACCACCAAAGCAAGAGUAUGUCAUUACUGUCAGAUUGGCAGACAUACAAAUCAAGUUGUACGAGUACUACCUAGAAAAUUUUUCAAGGAAAAAGGUUGGUGCAGGAACUUCCUUAUUCGCUGACUUCCAAUCACUUCAAAGAAUAUGGACUCACCCGAUCGUUUUGCGUAUGAAUGCAGAGAAAGUGGAAAAACUUAAUGAAAAGAAACGUAUGGAAGCGAGCGAUUCUGAGGGAUCAUUGAGGGAUUUUCUGGAUGAUGGAAGUGAAGAUAAAUCAACGACCUCUUCUGACAGUGACAUACAAUCUACUCAUGGUUCCAGUGAUGAGAAAUCUGAUAAGCCAAGGCGUGGUACAAGGGCCAAUCCUUUAGACGAAAUCACGAUCAAUUCCGAUGACGAGGACGCACCACAGGCUGGUGAAUGGUGGAGUCAAUUUAUAGAGCCUGAACACUUCGAGGAUAUGAAGAUAUCUUCCAAAUUGGUUCUAUUGUUUGCUAUUUUGAAGGAGUGCGAGCAAAUUGGAGAUAAAGUCUUAGUUUUCUCCCAGUCAUUGUACGCACUAUCCUUGAUAGAAGAAUUCCUCAAUAAAAUUGACGAUGAAACUCAAAGAGGAACGUGUAGUGAGCUUAUUGACGGCCAUACUGGAAGCUGGUCUCUGGGCUUAGACUAUUUUCGACUCGACGGUCAAACGGCACCCGAAAAUAGAAGUCAAUAUUGUAAAAUUUUUAACAACCCUAAGAAUAGCAGGGCCAGAUUAUUUUUGAUAUCUACUAGAGCUGGCGGACUCGGAAUCAAUUUAACUGCUGCUAACAGAGUCAUUAUAUUUGAUGCUAGCUGGAACCCUUCGCACGAUGUACAGAGCAUAUUCAGAAUAUACAGAUUUGGGCAGAAAAAGCCUUGUUAUGUAUAUCGGUUCUUGGCCCAGGGUACUAUGGAAGAAAAAAUUUACAAUAGACAGGUGACAAAGCUCUCUCUGUCUUGCCGGGUGGUCGAUGAACAACAAAUUGAACGACAUUACAGUAACCACGACUUAGAUGAAUUAUAUGAAUUCGAACCUAAAACUAAUAAAGACAAGCCUACACUUAACUUGCCAAAGGACAGAUUAUUGGCAGAAAUUUUUCGAAAAUAUGAAGACAGGAUAGAAACGUUCCAUGAACACGAUUCUCUAUUGGAAAAUAAGGCAGAAGAAGAGUUAGAUGAGGAGGAGCGCAAGGAAGCAUGGAAAGAGUAUGAAGAUGAACGUACAGGACGAAAGGUGUUGAUGCGCAACCCCCACAAUCAAAAUCUACUUCUGCAACAGCAGUACAAUGACAUGCUUCGUUUAAAUCCAGCCGAGGUUGCUAACCGAGCAAUGUAUUCGGGAAUUAAUAUUGAAAAUCUACAAGCUCUGAUUCGAAAAGAUUAUCCAAAUGAGACUCCGGAAGCUCAGUCAGCCAUGACAGCACGUGCGAUUAUGGAGAUGUAUUCAUACUUUGAGAGCGAAACCAUCAGACAACAACACUUAGCAGCAACUAACUUCCGUUACCCAACUGUGAGCAACCUUGGGACAACAAGCUAUGGUGACUCAACCAUGAUGAUCCCAGCGCAGCAACAAUAUGCCUUACAACAACAGCAACAAAAACAACAACAGCUACUCAUGCAACGUGAUCAACAAGCAAACUAUGCCAAACAAUAUGGCAAUGUCAGAAUAGGUACUUCCACCCCUGUGACAAGACCACCGCCAGUAGUCGAUUUACACAUAGACGACAACGAUGUUAUAGAGGUACCAACGACACCUACGUCAGUAGUUGGGACAGCGCCAUCUUCGUCCGUUCAAGCACCCCCAGUUUCAGCACCAGCUGAAAUCAGUAAGAGACAGGAGGAGUGAUUUGAAAACUAGCAAAUUUUUU